AAAACGUCGUAUGUUGCUUAUGUUUCAUCGACUGGUUUUUACUUUCUCCGAAAUAUUUCCGUGAUUUUUCUUUUUGAGGUUGUUUAAUGUUUCCUAACUCGAUACUUGUAUUUUGAAUUGUGUUGACACUUUAGUCUAUAUUCAAAAUACUGUGACUUCAGUCAUAUGAUAAAUACAAAAGUUUAAAUAUUUACAAAAAUAUUCAUAACCGUUAAAAACAUAUUGAGUGUGUUCAUUGUAUCACCACGCCUACUUUAACUACUUAUCAAGCAAGAAAAUGGAAUUCCAGCAAAUGAAGGGACAAGGUAACAUAGGUUCAAAUGGCUCUAGGAACUUUAAAGAUGGAGAAUUUGAUACCUGGAAAAACCAACAUCAUCCAACCUACAGUUCUUCUGUGUCCAGUGCAAACAUGGGUGAUCCCUACUCCUGUAUGACAAAUUACUAUGCUACCAUGCCAUUUCAGUAUGUCAACCAAAGUGGUCUAGGGGAAGCUACCUGGAGUAAUGGCUCAGAUCCAGUUACAUUUCUUAGUGGUUAUAGUGGUCAGCUUGGAGCUGGAGACCAGCAUGCACCUUACAUGGAUGGAAUGUUUGGACAGAGUAGUUUUCCAGGUUAUGGCCAGGGAUUUAAUUUCUUUCAUGGAACUAGCAGUGAUUACUCAGCCUUGGGAGGUUCUGGAAUGGGAGGCCGUAAGCCUGUAGGCCAUGAUUAUCCAGAAGACUAUAUUCAAGAGUGCUAUGAACAGAACAGAGAUCAAACUGCUGUUAGGAAACUAGAGCAGGGAAUGAGCAACCUUAUGGUGAAAGAUGCAAAAACUGAUGUUCCAUAUACAGAUGCAGCUGUGGCUUCUGGUGGUGGUGAUAUUCAUUUAGGGAGACGAGGUGGGAAUUCUUUUAAUCCAGGAGGCCCAGCAUAUCUAAUUGGUUAUAAAAAAAUGUCAUGGGCGUCUGUUGCCAGCCAACCAGCCAAACCAAUGUCUAAAAUGAAAUUAAAAUCUGUAUCUCCUGCACCAUUGUUCUCUAAUAAACAAAGCUCUUCCAAUAUGGAUAUUGGUACUUGGGAGGAUAAGAAUGGUAGUAAUGUUAAUAGUGGCAGAAUGGGCCCUAUCCCACCUCUAACUCAACCAAGGCCUUCUCCUUGGGGAGUACAAAGAGGUGGAAGGUCAAAUGGCCCUUUAGACCAAUCUUAUGACAGUUCUCUUCAACCCCCAUCCCAACAGAUUAUUACGCUAGAUCAGUCUCCUCUCAGACCUGAUAACUUUCCAUCCCAUCCAGUUCUUGAUAAGCUACGAAUGGAAAAUAACUACAAUCCAAAAGAAUUUGAUUUGAAUGCUAAAGGUGCAAGAUUCUUUAUCAUUAAAUCUUUUUCUGAGGAUGACAUUCACCGAUCUAUCAAAUACUCUAUCUGGUGUUCCACUGAACAUGGUAACAAAAGAUUAGAUGCAGCUUACAGAGAAAGAGAGGGUAAAGGGCCAGUGUAUUUGUUUUUUAGUGUCAAUGGGUCUGGGCAUUUUUGUGGAAUGACUCAGAUGAUGUCAGCAGUAGACUAUAACACGUCAGUUGGGGUAUGGGCCCAGGAUAAAUGGAAGGGUCGUUUUAAAGUCAGUUGGAUUUAUGUAAAAGAUGUUCCAAAUUCACAGCUUCGUCACAUUAGACUAGAAAAUAAUGAAAAUAAACCAGUCACAAACUCUCGUGACACUCAAGAAGUUCCAGGAGAAAAGGGGAAACAGAUGUUGAAGAUAAUUCACAACUAUCGUCAUAACACUUCAAUCUUUGAUGAUUUCCUUCAUUAUGAAAAACGGCAAGAAGAGGAUGAACAGCGAAAGUCGCAGACCCGAGGAAGAUAUGAUCAAGGAGAUAAUUAAGACUUCUUGAUGGCUAUUUUAGAAUGAACUAUAGGAGGAUAGUGACUCAAAUAUCAAUGUGGAAUGAGUCACCCAUUUCUGAACUGUUUCUUCUCUGCUGCUACUGUUUAAAAUACAACAAAUACUACAGAUUUACCUGUAGGACUUCUACGUGCAGAUCACAAAUAAUUCUUUGCCUUGAAGACUUCUUUUUUUUUCACACAAUUUGGUGUAUGGGUAUUUUUUUGUUGCAUUUUAUUAGAAAUACUAAACAUUUAGUUUUGCAGUGGCUGAAAGAUAAAGAAUCCAGCAUUUGGAAAGAAUCAAGCUGCAAUAUUUGUGCUAUGUGUAUAAUUGUCUCGACUUUGAAACAGAUAAAUUUCUACCCUGUAGUUUGGAUGUACUUUAAAAAAUCUGUAGAGAUACUCUCAGUGAUCAAAAAUUGUGCAUUGUAGAAACAGUUGUAAGAGUGAACAAAGAAACAUUUUUGCUAUGUGAAUCCCUCCCUUGUAAGUACUACUGCUGAACAUAUAUGACAGAACAGUUUUUCAAAGCAUUCAUUAUUCUGUUUAUAAAACAAUUUGAAUGAUCUACUAUUUAUGUAACACAUACAGCAAAGCCUUUAAACUAUUGUCAGCUUAAAACUGUUGAGUAUAAAACUGACCAGCACUACCCUUUUGAGCUGUACAAUGUACAUGCAGUUCUACUUAAUGAAAGGAUAAUGCCAGAGGAUGUGAGAAUAACUGAGGUAUGUACAUGUAAUGUAUGUAGUUUCAAAAUUAUUUUACAUUAUUAGAACCAUAAAGAUCAUUUAUAUGAAAUACACAGGAUACAUUGUUUUUCAAGAUGUAGAAUUCACAGUGUUACUAAGAAGAAAAUUACAUUAAAACAUUGUCAGAAAUAGUCAGGGAAAAUUUGCAUAGUUUGUAACAGUUUAUUGUUGUUUUUGUAUUAACUCAGAAGUAAUUAAUAUGAAUUUUAAGUCCCUUUAUAACAUAGCUUGCAUAUUGAAAAGUUAAGAUAAUGCAUCCAUGAAAUAAUCACGACUUAGAUUAUUGAUCUAACAAAUGAUUGAAGAAGUUUAAGUAGACAACAUUAAAUGUGCAAUUAGUUUUCCAGUUCUGAUAAAAACAUCUUAAAUGAGUUAACAGGAAUUCAGGGAUUAAUAAAUAUGUCUUUUUUUUUUACUUGUAAAAUUUUAAUCAGUGUUUAGUUCAAUAUGGGGCUAGAAUAUUUUACUCAAAAUUAUAGUUUAACAAUAGUGAUUUCAAUGUAAACUUUAGUGGUAUGUCUAAGUUAUGUAUGUAAGUUGGUCAAUAUUUCACUAAAAGAUAAUGUUCAGGCAAAUAACAGGAAAAUAAGGGGAUAAUAAAGUCUAAAGUAAUGUCGAAAUUUCAUUUAUGUAUUUUUUAGUAUUUAUAAAGAAAAUUAAUUAGUGAAUCAGCAGAAAAAUGAAAGUUUACAAAAAUCUGUUGAGGUAUGAAAGUUCAAAACUAGAAUUAAAUGGUUUUUAUUUAGGUGAAACUUACUAAAAGAAGGCUAGUGUUCUUUAUAACUUAAAUCAUUAAAUAGUACAAACCAACUAAGAAUUUAUUUAAAUAAAAUGAAGUGUGAUUAAAGGUAAUACUUGUAUUUCCAUGCCAACCAUUUAUUUGAAAAUAAAAGAAAACAGUCUGAAAAGUUAUAGAAAUAAAUGUUGAGACAAUAAAAUCUU